UCCCGCCUCCCGCUGCUGGCCGGUGUCCCACUGGCCGCCUCGCACCCGGUGUAUGUGCGGCAACAACAUGUCGGCGCCGCUCCCCGCCAUCGUCCCGGCCGCCAGGAAGGCAACAGCUGCUGUCAUUUUUCUUCAUGGACUGGGAGAUACCGGGCAUGGAUGGUCAGAAGCACUUGCAGGUAUCAAAAGCCCCCAUGUAAAAUACAUUUGCCCACAUGCGCCAGUUAUGCCAGUUUCUUUGAACAUGAACAUGGCUAUGCCAUCAUGGUUUGAUAUCAUUGGACUUUCUCCAGAUUCACGGGAAGAUGAAGCUGGGAUCAAGCAGGCAGCGGAGAGUGUUAAAGCACUGAUAGAUCAAGAAGUAAAAAAUGGAAUUCCUUCUAAUCGAAUUAUUCUAGGAGGUUUUUCUCAGGGAGGUGCUUUAUCAUUGUAUACAGCUCUUACAACACACCAGAAAUUAGCAGGUGUUGUAGCCCUCAGCUGCUGGCUUCCUCUGCGGGCUUCUUUUCCUCAGGGCCCUAUCAGUGGUGUCAACAAGGAUAUUGCUGUUCUUCAGUGCCAUGGGGACUGUGACCCAUUGGUUCCUUUAAUGUUUGGCUCUCUCACUGUUGAGAAGCUGAAGAGUAUGAUAAAUCCUGCCAAUGUAACCUUCAGGACUUACUCUGGCAUGAUGCAUAGCUCAUGUAUUGAGGAGAUGAUGGAUGUAAAGCAGUUCAUAGACAAACAUCUACCUCCCAUAGACUGAAAUAAUAUGUGAGAAGCUUUCUGUAUAAAUACACCAGCAUCAACUGUGGUAGAGUGUUAAUCUUUUCAUAUGCCUGAUAGGAAGCAUUACUUCUAUACCUGCAGUGUUACUACUGUGUUGCAAAUUUAUACUUAGGAUGAGGAUUAAAUAAUGUAAAAGAAAUGGUUAGCUUUUUGGUAUUAAUCAUCCACUGGUGGGACUAUAUGAAUGAGGCAGCUAAAUACCAAUGACAGAAUGUAACCUAACAUACUGGUUUAAAACAUCUGAGAUUUUUUUUUUGAUUGCAGAAUUAAACUAUUUGUACAAGUAAUUAAAAACUAAAUUUAAGUGAGCAACAUAAAUGUGACAGUUUAGUUAGAGACAUUAUUUGUUCUUAGUACUCAUUGAAAAGAUAUUACAGCAUUUCCUGCAUAAAGUACACAACAUGUAAUGCAGUGGGCAUAUUAUGGUAGAAUAAAUGCUGCUAAGGACAGAGCUUUAAAUGUUAAUUGCUACUCCAGAUAAGGAGGGUUCUUCUCCUAUAAUGGCUAGAAGUUUCAAUUCAAAAUUCCUAGGUUUGUACUGAAUAUCUGUCAUGUCUGUUAGUCUGGAUAGUUUUCAUUUGUGUAGAAAGGCUGAUAUAUUUCACAGUGAUUCCAGAAUAUAGUUUUGAUUUUUCUGUCUGCUUUGGAGUAACUAAAUGAAAACAAUGCAGCUGUAUAGUUUUAUCUAUUGUUGAAGUCUCAUCUGUAACACAGACAUUGACUAUAAUUUGAAUUAUUUUUUAAUAGAAAUACAAGUGCAAUUAGGAUGUAACUUACUUUAGAAUUAGACCAUGUAGUACUUUCUUUCAUUGUUUAUUGAGACUUAGCCUAGGAAUAUGACGGCCUAUUAUAGGAAAAAAUAAAUCUGCAAGAUACAGAAUGUCUUUUUCAGAAGCUCAAAAUCCUAGAAUGCACUGGGUUAUGGAAAUUGAUACACAUUCAAGAGCGUUUUGCAGUUAAGAGCCAUAAUUCACUUCUGGAAACAGCUGCUCUUCUGUAGAGCUCAGAGGCUGUCACCACACAGGAAUGUUGAAAAAAAACACACUGCGGUUUUUACUACAUAUUAGGCUGCAUAACAAUGUUCUAUACUAUAAUAUGUUUGCAAGCAAGGAAUAUUCCUUUUUGAAUGCAUCUCUUGUGUCACCACAUUGCUUCAUACCUGCAUUUAAGGUACUUUCUCCUCUCCCAGCUUAAUCAAGUGGUUCUCUUACAGUGCCUAUGGAUUUAUGUCCACAGCAUCUGCAAUGCAAAUGCAUAAAUGGGGAAUUAUGCCUCUGUAGCCCUUCUUUUUGCUGCCAGAAAUUGGGCUUGUUCAGCUGGCAUGAGUUCUUAGUUUUCAGUGCUGGGUUGUUUUUUUUUUUUUUAUACGUAUUGCACUUCAUUUACAGGAAGUAAUUUUUCUUGUAUAAUCCAGCCUUUCUGGAUUAUUAAAUGUCUCUUAAUAUGUAAAACUGGAAAGGAGUUUUUUUCUAAAUGAUACUGAAAUAGAUAUUCCAUCUGUGUGGUUGAGAGGGCAUGUCUGUUAACUUUGAAGUUUAAUUAGUUUUUUCCCUUCAGUCACCGUUCUAUAGAUCUGCCAAUUUGUCUUUCAGUUAAUUUAGUUCACAGAAGAAAUGGUAAUAUUCUUAUUGUAGUUGUGCCAAAGUUCUACUGAGAAAACAAUAUGUCCUAGCUUGGAGUCAUUCCUAAAUUGCAUUAGCUAAUUUUGCAGUCCUGCUGAAUCGUAGACUUGGUAAGCAAGCCAUAUGAAAUUUAUCCUAGUUUUCAGAUUUACCAUCAUCCCCUUGUUGUAUGAAUAAUUCCCUGAAUAUUGGCAUGUUUCCAGCAUUCUUGCACAAGCUUCUAUUUUUUUUCCUUUAUUAUUUUUUGUUGUGUGUUUAAAUUGUUUGCAAAUGCUGUUCAGCUGUCUUGUUCAACUGCUCAUUGUGUGCUCAUUUCACAUAUUCUUUCUUCUGUUAGAAUGAGUUUAAAAAAUAUUUCUAAGAUGUUAAAAUGAGAUCAGGCCUAGCUUUAUUCUGUGUUAGCUUUGUAACACUUUCUUUACUUCAUGAACUGUGUUCACAAAUUGUGGUCAGUUUCUAGUACUUACACAUUUUAAUCCAAGUCAGCUUCAGCUGUUGUUUCCAUGAUGAUUUCAGAUGUUUUUCUAGAAAUGCUUUAUGUGCUACCUUUAUUCAAAUAUUCAGCUAUCAUAACAAGACUUUUUUUUCAUACUGUUGUUUGGCUGCUUGCCUGAUCUACAAAGAGCUGUGUUACCAAAGUAAAUGGAAGUAAAUGUUGUGACUUACUCUGAAUUUCUGUAUUCUAGAAAGUAUUCCCCUCAAGUUCUUUUUUAUUUGCAGAAGUGUAUGUGUAUGCUGUAGCUGGGGGUUGUUAGAAAGCCCAGAAGCUAGAGGAAACUUCAAGGAUGUAUCCUGUCUCCUGUAUUACAGUGUGUAUCUUGAGCUCCUGUCUUUUGUACCUUCCCAGCUGGUUAGAAAGCUGCAUAUAUGGUAUUGUAGCUGAACAACUUCACUACCUGAAGGGAUUUGAUCCUGGGAUUAUUGCCAUAACUGCAUGUAUUCUUAGGCUGAAUGAUAGCUUGGUCUAGUGUUGGGGUUUUCAUAAUAUUUUAUUAAAAUGGAGAACUCACACUGUCAGUACUCUAAAUGUGAAUGUCCUAGCCUCAAAACUUACAAUUUGAGCCUGUCAAAUAAUGGUAUUUGUUUGUUAGAAUGUUGGAUUUCCCCCAAAAGAGGUGAUGUCUGUCAAACCUGUUAAAGCAUGAUAUGGAAAUAUUUUGUUUGCAGAUCAGUUUGUUUCAAUGGGUAUCUAACUCCUUAAUGCAUUUUUUAUCCCAAAAUGGUACUUAAAUAUGACUGCAGUUUUGUGUGGUCAGAAGCCAGACUUCUUGUUGGAAUAUGUUGCCCACUUUUUAAUAAACAUGUUGAGUUAUGUAUUAUAUGCCAGAUCUUUCAGCCUUUCUUGAGGUAAACCUGUACUGCAGUCUGUACUGUGAUGAGUGCUGGAUGAUUUGGUCUCUUCCUCUUUUGUAUAAUCACAACACAGUAGGUUGGUAAAAAUAUUGUACACUGUAACUGGUAUUAGAACUGUUAAUUAAAACAUAUUCUCUCUAA